AUGUUUCGCUCUCUUCUACGCAGUAGUCCUCGACUUACAGCACUUCGCAAUCAUACCGCCCCUCCACUCGUGAACCAAUUCAUUCCAAUUCGCAGCAUGUCCGUCCCAGCAACCAUGAAGGCCGUAGUGGUCGAGGAGACAGGUGGCCCCGAAGUACUGCAAUUCAAGACCUCACACCCAGUUCCUACCCCACAAGCAGGGCAGCUUCUAGUGCGCAACAAUAUUUCCGGCGUAAAUUACAUUGAUACCUACUUUCGAACUGGCUUGUACGCCUCACCCAAGCCCGAGAUCUUGGGCCGUGAAGGCGCUGGCAUUGUCGUUGCUGUCGGUCCCGAGACCUCUGGCUUCCAGGUUGGCGAUCGGGUUGCAUGGCUAGCCAAUGGUGGGUAUGCUGAGUACACUGCAGUGCCAGCAGCUUACACUACGAAGAUCCCCGAGGGGAUCAGUGAUGAGGAUGUCAUGGCGUCGUUCCUGAGUGGUAUGACGGUGCUUGCUUUCGUAAAGGAGACUUAUCCCGUGCAGAAGGGUGACUGGGUGCUUCUCCAUGCAGCAGCUGGUGGUGCUGGUUUUCUUAUGACGCAGAUUUUGAAGACCCUGGGUGCCAACGUCAUUGGUACCGCCGGCGGCGCAGAGAAGUGUGCGCUUGUGAAGAGCCUCGGUGCCGAUGUGGUGAUUGAUUACCGUAGCGAGGAGGGUAAGGACUGGGUCAAAAAAGUCAAGGAAGCCACUGGUGGUCGUGGUGCCGAUGUUGUCUACGAUUCUGUCGGCAAAGAUACCUGGGAGGGAAGCUUGGAAGCGGUCAAACGCAAGGGUACUAUCGUUUGGUUUGGCAAUGCCAGCGGGCCUGUGCCCCCGCUUCCUCUUGCGAAAAUUACCCCCAAGUGUGUCAAGAUUGCUCGGCCGACACUCUUUGGAUACAUUCAGACUCGUGAAGAGUUUGAUUUCUACACCAAUGAGCUAUUCAGCCUGCUGAAGUCGGGCCAGCUCAAGACCAAGAUCCACAAAAUCUAUCCCUUGGAGGACAUUGCUCAGGUGCACAAGGAUCUGGAAGGACGGAAGACCAUGGGAAAGCCACUCCUGAAGCCAUGA